UCAUCUUCACAGCUAUGUGAAGCUUGUUAUAGUUCUGGAAUGGGUUGUUGUAGUCAUGUUGACUCUUCUUGUCUUGGUUAUUCAUGCAUGGUUCCUCAGCAAGUUUCUGAUUACAUUAACCCUAACAUGUGGUUAUCUUCUUCAAGGCACAACCCUGGUGGAUUACAAGAAUUUCAGUUCUUUGGACACAAAGAUAGUACUCGUGAACCUUCAGGCAACAAAUAUCAAAAGAAUCCGCGUAGUAAUAUCCCUUUAACACUUGAUAUUUGGUCUAAUACCACCGCCACCAGCUCUUCAAGUGGAUCACGUCCCAUGGAUGUUCCAGUCAUGGCUCAGGUGGCAUCUACUACUGCCUCUGCUGUUUCAUUUUGGGGAAGCAUAUUAACAGAUGCUGCUUCAACUGGACAAACAAAGGAGGUCAGUAACAAAGCGAUUUCCGGGCAAGGAGAGAGUUCAUCAGCAGAUAGAGAAGCUAAGAUCUUGAGGUACAGAGAGAAGAAAGCAAUGAGAAACUAUGAGAAGCAAGUUCGUUAUGAAUCAAGGAAGAAAUACGCCGAGAUAAGGCCACGGGUUAGAGGUCGAUUUGCUAAGAGUUCAGAUCAAUCUGAGCAGCCAUCAGCACCUCCUGAAUACAAUUCUAGCCACUAUGGUACAGGAUGGUUCAGUCUCAGUCCUUAGUUGAUCAUUAACUUCUCUUACUAGCUAAUAAGUGCAUAUUU